AUGAGCUUCCGAGAUUUGGUAGACGGCGGUGCCGACUGCGGGCCAAGCAACUCGCUAUCGCAGUUUGCAAAGAACUUUGAUCAGGACCGCUCUCUUCAACGAGACUCCUUCCUUCCAGAUGAUCCACUAGCACAUGCUGGUCCUAGUCAGCGGCCAGGAAGAGCUGGAGACUUUGACAACCAGUUUGCUGAAGAGUUUUUUGCUCAACAACGUAUGCAGAAUGGUGGUGGAGCUGGGCCUGAGGCAUUCCAAUUUCAUGAUAUGAGAGGAGAGCUCUCGAAUCUGAUACCUCGUGGCGGUCCUGAGGGUGAAGAAUGGGCAAAUGACUUUGAAAAGUUCCAACAUACUCAACCUCAUCCCGCCGAAUUCGAUGCUGCAUAUCACGAGGCAUUCCAUGCUCCAGCUCCACAGGACUGGGCUCACGAAUUCCAUCAACAUCAAAUGCCCGGUCAAGCUCGCAUCACAGAAAUCGACUCUGAAUUCGAACAGGCAUUCGCCCAGCACUCACAGGCUCAUCUAGAGGACGAAUGGUCUAAUCAAUUCGCUGAAGCACAACGAUCUCUGUCGGACAAGGGUAAAGGAAAAGCCCUCUCAUCAGACGAACUCACUGCCAUGUUUGAACAAUAUCAAGCUGGUGGCGAUGGUGUAGAAUCAGCAGACUUUUUUGAAAAGUUUAAUGAAACAUGGAAGAAUAUGAAUCGAGAUGGGGAGGAAGCUCCUGCAUCUUGGGAUGGUGAAUAUGACGACUUUUUAAAGGAAGUCAACAAUCAGUCAUCGUCCUUUGACCCAGAUCCAGUAACAGCUCCACUAGCUCCAUAUACAUUCGAAACCGAAAACCACUUCUUGGAUCAUCCAGAUCCAAUGAGCGAAGGAAUCCGUCUAAUGGAGAACGGUGGUAGUCUAUCAGAAGCUGCACUAGCAUUGGAAGCAGCUGUACAACGAGAACCCAAUAACUCUGAAGCUUGGGCCAGACUAGGUAUCGUACAGGCCGAAAACGAAAAAGAAGAACCAGCCAUCGCUGCUUUGCAACGAGCAGUCCAAGAAGACCCCAAUAAUUUGAGCGCCUUGAUGGGUCUCGCCGUAUCAUAUACUAAUGAAGCCCAAGAUUUACAAGCUUAUACUACGUUGGAACGAUGGAUUGCUUCGGCAUACCCUGAUAUUGCUGCCAAUGCACCACCACAAACCGCACCACCUGGCAUGACUAGUGCACAGGACUUACAUAAACGUGUCACUGCUCAGUUCUUGGAGGCUGCCAGACGUGGCCGCCCAGGAUCGGGUGAUUUGGACGCUGAUGUCCAAGUAGGAUUAGGUGUGCUGUUUUAUAAUUCAGGAGAUUAUGAUAAGGCUGUUGAUUGCUUCACUGCUGGAUUGAGUGCUAGACCUAAAGAUUACUUGCUCUGGAACCGUUUGGGUGCUACUUUGGCCAACUCUGGACGAAGCGAAGAUGCCAUUGAAGCAUACUAUAAAGCUCUGGAAAUCAAACCAUCAUUUGUCCGUGGUCGUUACAACCUUGGUGUAUCUUGCAUCAACAUUGGUGUAUAUCACGAAGCCGCUGAACACUUGUUGGGUGCUCUGUCUAUGCAUGUAGUAGGUUCAGGUCAAGGAACCAACGUUUCCAACAACUUGUGGGAAACACUACGACGCACAUUCAUACUUAUGGAACGACGCGAUUUGGCAGACAAGGCAACUAACGCACAAGAUAUUGGCGUUUUCCGAGGUGAAUUCGAGUUCUAG